CUACCGUUGCUGGCGAUCUCUUGCCAAUCGUUAUCUCUUGACGUUAAUUGUUAGUGAAUUGUUUUAAUUCUCCUUGAUCUAGUUUUAACAAAUACGUGAUGACAUAGUAAUUUUACUGCCCUUCAUUGACAGGGUUCUUAAAUUAUUUCCUUUUUAAGAGUUUGGAACUAGUUUAACUCACGAUACGGCUGAAAUAUUGCCUCACGAACGUACAAAAUGCAGUUGAGACACAUUCGUGUUACAUUACACCCUGGUCUAGAACUGGAGUGAGUGCGUGAACGAGAGAAUAAGUGGAUGGAUGAAAUAGUAUGAGUGGGUGAAUGAGAGAGAAUGAGAGAGUGAGUGAGAGAACAUGAGUGGUCGAGUAUCACCAUAGGUGAGUGAAUGACAAUACAAAUACAUUCAGCCCAAGAUGAAUGACUUUACACGUUUGACCAGAACACGAGGUGCUUCCAGCACUCCAGCCGACUACGGGCUGUGGCAAUCCUCGAGUGCAGGACAACGCUAGCGUGACUGUGACGGGACGCGACGUGGGUGACGUGGCAACCUACAGCUGCAACCCCGGCAAGAUGAUGUGCGGAGCUCCAACAGUUGAAUGCCAGGCAGCAGGAAGAUGGACGACAUCGGACUUCCGGUGCCAAAGUGAAUAUGUGCCCGUGGUGGAAUGGAUGGCUGCCUGCUUGUUAACCAAGGAAUCCUCGGUAGUGCUGACUGAAAUAGAACAUGCUAUGCAAGUUGUCACCAUAGAGAUUGAAAGUCAAGACACUAUAGACAAUCAUCCUCGAUUGGAGAUAUUACUCGAUGCGAAGGAAGCAAAGUGGUUCAAAGGAGGAGGAACUUCGUGGAUCCAGCUCGAAACGUACAAGUUUCAGGCGGAUGGACGCAUCACCUUGAACAUCACGUUCACCGCUGACAGGAUUGAAGUGCGUACCAACGGAAUACUGCACCCCAAAGAGCGUGUUGACAUGCUCGAAGAAGCUUAUAACAUUGUCAUCAGUUCUUCGAAGGACACGGAUGCCAUCCGUGUGAGCAACUGCUGCGAAUAAGUAAACAUAUUUGAUUUCAUCUUGCUGAGAACUUAAUUUUCAGUAUUCGUAAAUGUCAUGUCUCCGGAUAUGACCACCGGAUGACGACUCACCGAUUUGUCGAUGAAUAGAGUUGCAGAACAACUUUGUAGAACAGUUAUAAUCUGAUCACAACGAAAUAGGACAUAGUUCUGUGUCGAAUACCUGUAAUCUGACAUACUGAUAUCAUCUCGCUGGAAACAUCAACCCAGCCUUUGUUCGUAAACGUUAUGCCAGAUCCUCACUGCACCAGCAUCUCCGACCGAUAUGACCACCACAUGACGACUCACUGGUUUUUCAAUUAAUAUAGUUACAGAAUAACUGGAGAGAAUAACUAUAACCUGAAACGGACCAUAGUUUUGUGUGGAAUAAAUUGAAUCUGUAAAAGGACAUAUACUGAACCAAAAACGUUCAGCACGUCUGUUGGAAAACUGCUUUACUACUGAACCAAGAAUAGGCAUGUUAUGAAGGAUUAUGUAUCGGUAUAGGGGAACCAUAUGUCCACAAACUGAAAAUGUCCGAACUGACCAAGCCAUGAUGACGUCACAGAAUGCAGGGUGGGGUUGCAACCACCAAAAUGAAACAGACCACUCAGUAUCUUGUGUGGGUUCCUCGUGCGUUCACAACAACGUCGUCACAUACUGCCCCUGAGAUUGUUGACCUCGGCGACGGUGAUAUUGUUCCACUCCUGCAUCAGGGCAUGCUCAAGGUCACGGAUGUUCAGCAUGUUGGGGUGGUGUUCAUGUACCCUUCUUCCAAGGAUGUCCCACACAUUCUCGCUCGGAACGGUUCUGGUGACCCUGCCGGCCAGGAUAGUACUCUGAUGUUGGGUACCUGCGAUAACUGCAUGGUUAGUCUCGCUGUGUGGGCUCUUGCAUUGUUCUGUUGGAACAGGAACUGUGGACGAUGCUGCAUGAAUGGAAUGACGACUUGGUCUUGAGGGUUCCGUGGAUUACCUCCAAUUCCGUCUUCCCGUUCCAGUGCAUGUCAGUCCACACUAUUAUACUUUCUCCACCGUAGCGGUUACGUUGAAUGACGUUGGCGGCGUCGAAUCGUUCACACCUUCGUCGCCACACUCGUUCUCUGUCAUCCGCAAACUCAACACAGAAUAGAGAUUCGUCAGUGAAUAAUGUCUGGUUCCACCACUGCCGUCGCUAACACUGACGAAUUUGCGCCCAUCUCAGCCUUUCGUUUAAAUGACGUACGUUGUGUCAACGGCACGCCAUCUACUGGUCGUUGUGCAUGUAAACAUGCGGCAUGAAGGCAAUUUCGGACUGUCUGUCGUAGAUCAGUGGCAAGAAGCGCUGCUCUCAUCGUCCUGUGACGUCACCAUAUGACGAUCCUCACGUGGGGUGGUUGCACGAGGACUUUCCACGAGGUCGAUCUCCAACUUCACCAGCCUGUUGCACCCGUUGUCGAAGACACCGAAAUGUGCUUUCAUGGACCUUGUAGUGUCUGGCGACGUCCCUUAGACUGUAUCCCGCAUGUAGUCGUCCCAUGGCUUCAUGGCGUUGAUUUUCAUACAAUCCGGGCCGACGCCCCAUGGUCAGCUGCGUUUUAUCACUGUUCGGUUUCUUGCACCAGUGUUGUCAGUGUGUGACAUCCACCCUUUUAUGCUCCUCAGGAUUCACGCAAUUGUCGUGAAUUCACGACGUGAUUUGUACGUGCGACAUCCGGGUCGUCAACACGCUUCAACUAGUCAACAUUUUUUUUAUCAACCUGGACUUUUGGCACAAGCAAAUCUUAAUUUAAAUCUUAUUUUAAAAAGAUAACUUUGGUUCAGUAUAGUUGAUAAUGCUUAUAAUCUAAAUAGGACAUAGUUCUGUGUAGAAUAGCCUUAAUAUGAUGCAACGCUCAGAGCAUUCCAUUCGCCAGCCCAGUAUGGUCAACGCUCCCUCUCACCCACGCGCUCAUUGAUCCACGGACGGUUUGUUACCAGAUCAUUUGAUAUGCUGAAUAAUAGUGAUGGUGAAACAAAAAUCAAGAAUCUGUGUGAAGCAGAUUCCAAUUCUGUAACGUAUUCUUUCUAAUUUACAAUAAAGUCAUACCAGCUAGUAACGGUACAUAUUUUCCAAAAAGAUACCAAACUAUAAAAUAUAGAACUAUAACAGUUUCCCCCAAUAUCGGAAUAAAUCUUAUGCCAUUUUAAGGUAUGUACGUAAUUGUGCUUCUAGGAGCUUGUAAGUUUAAUCAAAUCCGUCUGUACAACUUUCAUGAUUUAUGAGUACCAUCAACAAUGCAUUGAAAAAAACAUAAUGUUUUGUUUCCUUCAAAUACCUGUGCACAUUGUGUCUACCACCACGUUCGUUUAGCUCAAUAGACCAUGUAAUAAAACUCGA